GUGUGCCGGAGUGCGUGAACAGUCGUUCGCAGUCGGUGUCGGUGCUUGUCUUGAACAAAACACGUGUUUUUGUUGUCAAACACUAUUUAGCACGAAAGACGAGCGUCCUAGACCUAGUCAUGACGACGCGAUACACCAUUGUUCCUAAUAGGACUAUUAUAAGUUUAGGAAUUCUGAUCCUGGCCGUAUUCGCGAUUCGGGAAGGAGAAUGCUUAGCAGAAACAUUUAACUUGUGCUGUAGUCUAGGAGAGAAAUGGGCGGACACUGGAAAGGCAUGUAAAUCUUUCCCACCUCCUGCUAAAGGUGUCCCACUGGAGCAGCAGCCUGUUUGCUUGGCCACUGUUGAGAUCUGCUGCUCCAGGCGGAGAAGAGCGGCCCAAUGCGAAGCAGGACAAAAGGCAGCUAAACAGAAUAAGGAAUGUUAUGUACCUGGUGUUGCUGAUGACUUCUAUAAGAUAGGUCAUGUGACAGCAUUCUUUUUAAUAGAAUGCUUAGCAGAAACAUUUAACUUGUGCUGUAGUCUAGGAGAGAAAUGGGCGGACACUGGAAAGGCAUGUAAAUCUUUCCCACCUCCUGCUAAAGGUGUCCCACUGGAGCAGCAGCCUGUUUGCUUGGCCACUGUUGAGAUCUGCUGCUCCAGGCGGAGAAGAGCGGCCCAAUGCGAAGCAGGACAAAAGGCAGCUAAACAGAAUAAGGAAUGUUAUGUACCUGGUGUUGCUGAUGACUUCUAUAAGGAUUGUUGCGAGGCUUGCAACAUCGGGUUGGUAGUGGGUUCGAUGGGAGCCGGCUGCAAGCAGGGCUUUUCGUUCGGUGCCGGGACCGACGCCUCGUUCUCGGUUUGCUGCGAGGAGAUGGCGAGGAACUUGUCGACUAGCCAGACGUCGACGUACGCGCCGCAGAGCAUCGUGGCCACCAGCAAGCCGAUGCCCGAAGCCGCGAAUGAUCUGUCGCCCUUGGAUUUGGGCAAUUUGUGCGAAAUGUUACCAGGAGAAUUAUGUGCGCAUAUUUGUACGCCUGUUCCGGGGUCCUUCGUGUGCGAAUGCAGACCAGGAUUUAGUUUGAUGUCUGAUGGAAAAUCUUGCCAACAAAGAGAAUUACCAGACAGGUGCGUGGAAAGCAACCCGUGCAGCCAGAAGUGCCUGGACACGGGCUACGCCAUCGAAUGCUCCUGCGAACGCGGCUACGAACUGAUGCAAGACAAGGUCACUUGCGCAGAAUGCUUAGCAGAAACAUUUAACUUGUGCUGUAGUCUAGGAGAGAAAUGGGCGGACACUGGAAAGGCAUGUAAAUCUUUCCCACCUCCUGCUAAAGGUGUCCCACUGGAGCAGCAGCCUGUUUGCUUGGCCACUGUUGAGAUCUGCUGCUCCAGGCGGAGAAGAGCGGCCCAAUGCGAAGCAGGACAAAAGGCAGCUAAACAGAAUAAGGAAUGUUAUGUACCUGGUGUUGCUGAUGACUUCUAUAAGGAUUGUUGCGAGGCUUGCAACAUCGGGUUGGUAGUGGGUUCGAUGGGAGCCGGCUGCAAGCAGGGCUUUUCGUUCGGUGCCGGGACCGACGCCUCGUUCUCGGUUUGCUGCGAGGAGAUGGCGAGGAACUUGUCGACUAGCCAGACGUCGACGUACGCGCCGCAGAGCAUCGUGGCCACCAGCAAGCCGAUGCCCGAAGCCGCGAAUGAUCUGUCGCCCUUGGAUUUGGGCAAUUUGUGCGAAAUGUUACCAGGAGAAUUAUGUGCGCAUAUUUGUACGCCUGUUCCGGGGUCCUUCGUGUGCGAAUGCAGACCAGGAUUUAGUUUGAUGUCUGAUGGAAAAUCUUGCCAACAAAGAGAAUUACCAGACAGGUGCGUGGAAAGCAACCCGUGCAGCCAGAAGUGCCUGGACACCGGCUACGCCAUCGAAUGCUCCUGCGAACGCGGCUACGAACUGAUGCAAGACAAGGUCACUUGCGCAGAUGUGGACGAGUGCUCGCGGAAUAUGCAUGAUUGCCCUAUGAACAAGACGUGUGUAAACACCGUCGGCGGUUACACUUGCCAGCAGUACGCAAAAGCUCCGGUCGCCUCCGAAAAGAGGGAGGUGCGCUGCCCCGACGGGUUCCAGUACAACGCUGCUUCGCAAGUCUGUGAUGAUAUCGACGAAUGUCGUUUGAAGAUUGUGAAAUGUGCAAAUUGUCACAAUACUAUUGGAUCGUAUACGUGUGUUGAAGAAGGGCCUACAGCUCUUUGCCCAAAGGGAUACAAAUAUAAUGAAAUUCACCUCACAUGUAUAGAUGUCGAUGAAUGUGCAGAAAAUAUAGAUGAUUGCAAUAGACAAUCUCAAUUUUGUCUAAAUACGCUGGGUAGUUUUAAAUGCCAAAACAAAGCAUCAAAAAAUAGUUGUCCUGCAGGAUUUAAGAUCAACUCCGAAUUAGGCACUUGUGAAGAUAUUAAUGAAUGUUUGGUCGAAAUUAAUGAUGCCGGAAUCUGCGCUGACAAUGAAAUAUGCAUCAAUGAACCUGGACAAUAUCGCUGUGUCACAUAUCAAGGACCUCAACAGGAAUCCCUUUCAGCUCGAAUACCUGAAAACGAGAUUCCGCAUCAUUACGAUUCGACGCAAGAUUUUAUCUCUCCUAUUAAAGUUUCAACUGUUGCAACCGAAGAACUAUCAUCUACACAACCGUCGAUGUUCACUCAGUCGAACCAAACUGUUGAAGCUACCUCUGAGAAGUCAACCCAGCCGAACAGCGCUCCCACGCCGAGCACUCAGCAGACGGCCCCGAUGUACGUUCCGACAGCGGUUACUAGCACGACCAGCACAACAACCCCGAAAAGCGUCGGAAUUACGUGUAAAGCGGGCUACAGAAAGCAUCCGUUAAGUAAUGCCUGUCUAGACAUCAACGAGUGCAGUGAGCGCAAGCACACAUGCGAUAGUACACAGGACUGUAUCAAUUUGCCAGGCUCCUACGCCUGUCAGUGCAAAACUGGUUACACGCUCGAUCACGUAACACAAGGCUGUGUUGAUAUCAAUGAAUGCCUAACUAGACGGCACGCCUGCCUCGAGUCUCAGCGCUGUGAUAACACAAUCGGUUCUUAUCAGUGCAUCCGAUACAUCAACUGCGGCACCGGUUACACGCUCAACGCGGCUACCGGAGGCUGCGAAGAUGACGAUGAAUGCGCACUCGGACUGCAUGAUUGUCACAGGCUGGGACCACAGUACCGAUGCAGAAACAUUCAGGGUUCCUAUCGAUGUGAGCGUAAAAGGCCGACUGUUCCUCCGACAUUGCGGCCACCUGCUCCGGUUCGUAAUCCAGCAACGUUGAAGGCGGCUAACGAUAUGCCGCAGCCACAGGCGUCUUAUCAGCAACAAACGGCGGCUCCUUCUUACGUUCCACAGUACGUGCCUCCACAAAGACCUCGAUGUCCGGCAGGCUAUGAAAGAUCUCGCGAUAUUUGUGUCGAUAUAAACGAAUGUGAGAGGAAAAAUGUGUGUUCUCGAAUUCAACAUUGCGUCAACACUAUGGGCUCCUAUAAUUGCGUCAACAAUAUUAAAUGCCGUCAUGGUUUCAAACUAAAUGAGGAUAACCAAUGCCAAGAUAUUGAUGAGUGUUCAGAGGGUUUACACGAGUGCACUGCAGGGCAGCUGUGUAAAAAUAGAGCAGGUUCAUAUGUUUGUCACUGUCCUCCCGGGCAUUAUAUGACUAAGGAUAAAAAAUGUGAAGACAUUAAUGAAUGUGAGAAAUAUGGUUCACGGAUAUGUCACAAAGCAGUAUGUCGGAACACGAUCGGUUCCUACCGCUGCGAUUGUAAGGCCGGCUAUAGGUCUCGGGAGGAUGGUCAGCGGUGCGUAGAUAUCGACGAAUGUCAAGAAACGCCUGGACUUUGUCAACAUAGAUGUCACAAUCUUUGGGGUGGAUAUCGGUGUUCCUGUCAAGCUGGUUUCAAAUUACACACUAACAACAGGUCUUGCGUGGAUAUAGAUGAAUGUGAAGAAUUCAAAGAUCGUUAUUUAUGCAUAGGUAUUUGCAAAAACACUCCUGGAUCAUAUGAAUGCCAAUGUCCUAAUGGGUAUAAAUUAGGACCAGAUGGAAGGACAUGCCAAGAUAUAGACGAGUGCACCUUAGAGCAGCCAUGUGACGCCAACAGUCUUUGCAUUAACACGCGCGGUUCGUACCAGUGCUACAAUAUUCAGUGUCCGCCUAACUAUCUCAAAGACCGCAAAAACACCUGCAAAAAGGCCAGUGAUUAUUGUCACGUCGGAGACGAUGAAUGCAUUAAUGCGCCGUGGACAUAUUCUUACAAUUUCAUCAACUUUGUGUCCCGAUUGCCGAUACCGCGAGACAAGGGACAUUUUGAAUUGUUUGAAAUAAGAACAAUGUCUAACGAUAUCACGUACGAGCUUGUGCACGUCAGCGCUCCAGAAGGCGUCGUAGCUGCUACAAAGGAUACGUUUAGUUUGCGUCUGCUAGAACCAAAUGUAGCUAUCAUAUCGCUGGUGGAACCAGUAAUAGGCCCACAAGAAAUAGAACUUGAGAUUACAAUUAAGUAUUAUAGCAAAGCAAUCUACCAAGGAAGUAAAGUAUCUAGAUUAUUUAUAUAUGUCAGCCAGUAUGAAUUUUAA